UACCGGUCGGCUACUCUGCGUCUCUACGUCAUUGGUCUUUAAACUCAGCAGCACUGUGAUAGUUUGGGACAAGCGGGGCGACUGCGGGACUGUCUUCACCGCCGACUAACUGUCCUCUCUUUUGAUUUUUCUGCAAAACCUCCCAGUCAGAUGACCGUAACUCAAGACCGACCAAUGACCUAUGCCAAAAUGAGAGGGCUUGUGUCUUUUUUCUCAGCUCUGCUCAAAGGAAAGAAAGUUGCCUUCAGUGACCUCCUACACAAAUUUGUUUCUAGCCAACAACUGUGCCAACAUCUGGACCCUCAGAAAUUCCUGCAGCGACAGAGCAGGCCGAGAAGACAGAAGGAGGAGAAAGGCCCCAUGAGCCCAGUGGACACAGAAACCUCACAGUUGAAGCCAUCAGAUUUCGACUACCUCAAACUGAUUGGCAAAGGAAGCUUUGGAAAGGUGCUGCUGGCAAGGCACAGAAAACAUGGCGGAUACUAUGCCGUGAAAGUGCUGCAGAAACAUAUGAUUGUCAAGAGGAAAGAGCAGAGGCAUGUGAUGGUUGAGAGGAGCGUCCUGCUGAAGGGACUACAACAUCCAUUCCUAGUGGGGCUCCACUUCUCUUUCCAGACACCAAACAUGCUCUACUUUGUCCUGGACUAUGUUAAUGGAGGGGAGCUUUUCUUCCACCUUCAGAGGGACGGGUCGUUUUCUGAACCCAGGGCUCUGUUCUAUGCUGCAGAGAUGGCUACGGCUCUGGGCUACCUUCACUCGCUUGACAUCGUUUACAGAGACCUCAAACCAGAGAACAUCCUGUUGGACAGUGAGGGUCAUGUGAUGCUUACCGACUUUGGGCUUUGUAAAGAAGGGGUGGCCAUUGGUGGGAUUAUGCAUACGUUCUGUGGGACUCCAGAGUAUCUUGCUCCAGAGGUGCUACAAGGUCAUCCAUACAGUCCAGCAGUGGACUGGUGGGCCCUUGGCACUGUGCUUUAUGAGAUGCUCUACGGUCUGCCUCCAUUUUAUAGUCAUAUGAAAGCAGAGAUGUUUGAGAACAUACUUCAUGCCCCCCUGCUGCUGCGUGGUGGAGCCUCUCAGGCUGCACGCUCACUGUUAGGAGGACUCCUGGAAAGAGACGUCUCCAAACGCUUAGGGGGCAGCCAUGACCUUGAGGAGCUGCAGGAACAUCCCUUCUUUGCUUCCAUCAACUGGGAUGACCUCCUGGCCAGGAAAAUUAGACCCCCGUUCAUCCCAAAAGUGACGGGUCCCUGCGAUGUCAGCUACAUUGACCCCGAGUUCACACUACAACCCGUCCCCACCUCUGUGAAUGAGAGGUGCCAGGCGAACACAACCAACGAGGCCUUCCCAGGAUUCUCCUUCAUAAACCCAGUGGAGUAUGUGGCAGCAGAGCUGGUGUCAUAACAACAGCAAAUCCUCUGGGAGCAUGUUUGUUCAAAUAUUUAUUUUUUAUGCUAUAAAUUAUUAAAUGAGAAGACUAUUUUUAAACACUUAAUCAAAAUAUUACAACACUAACAUUUCACUGUGCUGUAUCUUUCACUCUUUACCCUACUAAAUAAUGGUGUACUUUUACAUUUUACUGUUAAAUGUCAGUUCAUAAUGUGAAAUAGGCUGGUCACUAUUUUACAAAUCCUAGUUACUUUAAUGUGGAAGAGGAUGAAGCAAUAAAAACUCACUCUUAA